GGCGCCUCACCUGGCUAGAGCUGGAGCCCGUCCUGUCGCGGCCGCCCGCGCGGAGCGGGACCGGAGCCCCCUCGAGGGGCAGCGGCGAGAGAAGCGGCCGCAGCCGAAGCGGCUAUGCCCUAAUUAUAUACCCUAAAUUCUUAUAUGGUGUCUGCAUGAGAACUGACCUCUGACUUGAAUAUUGAGCACCAUCAGCUAUAUGUAAAUCCAGAGAAAAUUUUGAGGCCUUUGAAACCUAACCAAUGAUGGCUCUUGAACUUCAGGCUGUCAGCCCUUACCAUGUAAGCGAAUACCUUUUGCUGUUGCAAAUGGGUAAAAACAAGUAACUUGAGAGGCAUAUCUGGAAGGCAUCUAAUAUGGCACGGAGAAGAUUUGAUUGCCGGAGUAUUUCAGGCUUGCUAACUACAACUCCUCAAACUCCAAUGAAAAUGGAAAACUUUAAUAAUUUCUACACACUUACAUCUAAAGAACUUGGAAGAGGAAAGUUUGCUGUGGUUAGACAAUGUAUAUCAAAAUCUACUGGCCAAGAAUAUGCUGCAAAAUUUCUAAAAAAGAGGAGAAGAGGUCAAGAUUGUCGAGGAGAGAUUCUGCAUGAGAUUGCUGUGCUCGAAUUAGCAAAGUCCUGUCCUCAUGUGAUUAAUCUUCAUGAGGUCUAUGAAAAUACAAGUGAAAUCAUUUUGGUAUUGGAGUAUGCUGCAGGUGGAGAAAUUUUCAACCUGUGUUUACCUGAGCUGGCUGAAAUGGUCUCUGAAAGUGAUAUUAUCAGACUCAUUAAACAAAUACUUGAAGGAGUUUAUUAUCUACAUCAGAAUAACAUUGUACACCUUGAUUUAAAGCCACAGAAUAUAUUAUUGAGCAGCAUAUACCCACUUGGGGACAUAAAAAUUGUAGAUUUUGGAAUGUCUCGAAAAAUUGGGAAUGCAUGUGAACUCCGGGAAAUCAUGGGAACACCAGAAUACUUAGCUCCAGAAAUACUGAACUACGAUCCCAUCACCACAGCAACAGAUAUGUGGAAUAUUGGUAUAAUAGCAUAUAUGUUAUUAACUCAUACAUCACCAUUUGUGGGAGAAGAUAAUCAAGAAACAUAUCUCAAUAUUUCUCAAGUUAAUGUAGAUUAUUCAGAAGAAACUUUUUCAUCAGUUUCACAGCUGGCCACAGACUUUAUCCAGAGCCUUCUAGUAAAAAAUCCAGAGAAAAGGCCAACAGCAGAAACCUGCCUUUCUCAUUCUUGGCUGCAGCAAUGGGACUUUGGAAGCUUGUUUCACCCUGAAGAAUCUUCCAGUUCUUCUCAAAUCCAGGAUCAUCCAAUAAGGUCCUCUGAAGAUAAGACUUCUAAGUCCUCUUGUAAUGGAACCUGUGGUGAUCGGGAAGACAAAGAAAAUAUCCCAGAGGAUAGCAGCUUGGUCUCGAAAAGAUUUCGCUUCGAUGACUCCUUACCCAAUCCACAUGAACUUGUUUCAGAUUUGCUGUGUUAGCACUUUUGUCUUUGACUCAUUUGGACUGACUUCAAAAUUUGAAUCCACUGCAGGAUGAAAUUGUAUUUUUUAGCUUCAUAUUUGUAUUAUAAAUGCACUUUUGCAAAGGAUAAUUAGGGAAGUGUUUUCAUGCUAAAUUUCUAGUUGCUGGCAUAUCAUUUCCUAUCCUGAAGUAGUUCUUCAGAGAAGAAAAUAUUUAAAUAUAUGACAAAAAAUAAAAUUACACAUGUAAGUUCACAUGUUUAUGAAAGAAUUCAAGUUCAAAUGAACUUAUAAAAAUGUUUUACAUACCAGGAAAAAAGGUGGACUGUAUUACAGUUGGGAGUAAACUACAGAAAAUGAAGGCAGUGGGUUUUAAUAGGUUUUCUCUAAGGUGAAUCCUGUAUCAUGAUCUCUUGACAUAAUUUGUUUAGAAAAAGUGUCAAGUUUAAACCAUAAUAUAUACUACUUUAUAGAUCCCCCAGAGAUAUUUUACAAUUGACAAUCUUUUCCAAUUACAAAUAUUUUGAAGCUGUAUCAGAUUUCCACUAUAUAUGAUUUGCUCUGUGAGAGAAAUUCAUUUUACUAGAGAGAAGAAGGAAUUAAAUAACUGUUCAGGGAUAUUUUCUAAAAGUCAGAGCAAAGAAUAACAUGACUUCAUUUUCUAAAUACAGAUGUCUUUCGCCAUUCAACAUACUUCAGAUGGAAGGUGGAGAGUACAUGGGAUGGGAGGACUGAGGUUUUUCCUCCUUUGGAAUUUCUAGAGUAGAGGAGACUUGGGUAAAACUGAAUGUGCUCUGUUUUUUAGUCAGUCAGAUGUAUUAAUUGAGCAUAGAAGAAAUUGUUGACAAACUCAGGCAUCUUACUGAUUUUUAGAUGUCCUGUCCUAGAAUAUAAGCCCAUCACUCAUAGUUCUAAACGUAUGCCUUAAAAAUCACAGCACCAGUAGGACAAUUAACACAGUGCCAGGAAGAGUAGUAGGUAGUAGAAGCAUCAUGGCAAUCACGCGCUUCUAAACUUCUUGUGUGAAAUUCCUGCUGAGUGCGGAGGUUCAGCAUAAGACCAUCUUCAGGGUGCCUGUAAACUGUGGUCUUUUGUUGGGCGCAAUGCAAGUAAAGUCCAGGAAGAGCACGAUAUUUGGUUAGUGACCAGUAACUGCUCAGUCUUAAUUUGAGGGGGUUACUUGUGUUGGGGUAAUCUUUAAUUAGUUUCUACUCAUCAAAUGGUGACCAUUAAAAAGUCUUUUAUAAUGUUAUGUUAACUGUGAUCUCAUGACCAUUUUAUUGCAUCAAACUUUGUUGACAAAAAAAUAUUUCCCCACUGAAUCAGAUACUUGGUCUAAAGACCAAGACCUUUUGAAUUCUUGAAAUGUUUUAAUACUCCAAAUUCUUUAGAUAACUAAGCUAUUUUUAAUAACCAUCAGGUUACUAUAUUUGACAGAAUUGUGAGUUCCUUUAACAUCUUCAACAUUUUUAAAGGAAAAAUUAUUUUCUUACUUUGUGUGUGUAUGUGUAUAUGUAUAGGUGUGUGUAUAUAUAUAUAUAUGUAUGUAUAGAUUAAAUACCAUUUUAAACAACUUUCUGUUCUGCGCUCUAGAAUGUUGUGCUCAACUCAGGUGCCAAAGGAACUCUGUUUUUAGGAAACUACUAUAAAUUCUUAUAAGGUCUUAUCAUAGUUUGUUGCUCCAAUAAACUAGUCACUGCAAUCAAUGCUAAAUUUAGCUCUUGUAUAUCUAAAACUGAUCAGUUAUUUUUAAAUUAUUGUCAUUUAUAUGCUUCUAGUAUUAAGAUAAUUCAGGUAAAGUUCAGUAAGUUACUGGAGAGUGAGGAAAUGAUUACUUUUCCUAAAGACCAUAUUUUAAGUUUUAGAGGAAUUAUGACAAACCAAAAAAUAAAAAUGAAGAAAAUUUGAACUAUAAAGUACUUCUUUAAAAAUAACUUUAUAAUAAUGGCUUUCUUUUCCUCUGAGGAGUCUUAAAAUAGUUUACAUAUUUCCCAUAAGUUAAUAGAAACUGAGUUGAAAAUUUUUAUCCCUUUUCUCAUUAAGUUUUAUUGUAAAACAUCAACUCAUGGUUUCAGAAAUAAUGAAAACUAUUGAUAAAGGUUGAUUUAAGUAUUUUCACAGAUUUAAAUGUGGAAAUGAAUCUUUCCAGAAUUUAUUAGCAGAUAACUCAGUUCUUACUCCUUUUUUCCCCAAGAUUGAAAAGAAAAUCUAUCAAAAAUAGAUGAUGUAUCUUGCUAGAGCAGGGAUCUGGAGAGCCCCUCUGAAUGAGUAGAUGUCAGUUACACUUAAACAUAGGUGAAGAACACUGUUAAGUGGUGAUAUUUUAUAAAAUUUAAUUUGCUUUUUUCAAUAGGAUUGCUGGAUAGAUGGAGUUUUAAAAUAGAUGAUAUAUAGAUGACAAUUAUAAUCAUCAUUUUAAUUAUUUUCCCUACUAUAAGUUUACCUAAUUCUGAGCAGUGAAAUUAUAAUACUUUAAAUAAAGCAAGCAAUACCUGAUCUCCAGUCUAUAAUGAGAUAAAGGGAUUUACCACAAUAUAAGUCAACAUUUUUUCUUACUAUGAAAAAUAGUCAGCAGAACCAGUAUGACUAGUGAUGUAACUGAUCUUCAUCUGAUACAGGCUUUUUCAUUAUGGGUGGGUCACAAAUAGCUCCUGGGCCAAACUUUGAAUAGCUUUGCUCUAAGCAGCAUUUAUAAGUGUUGAUAUAUUAUAACUGUUUACAUUUCUGUUCAUUUUUGAAUUUUUGGUUUGAUAUCUUUUUUUGGAAAUUUGUCAUUGUUGUGUAAACAAUUGUACUUUAAUUUGAAGUUGUAUUAAAAUUAUCUGACUUCCAAUGUGGAGAAUUACUAUCCUAGUUUUAUGAAAAUAUUUUAAAGAAUAAUAAUUGUAAAUCUCACAUAAAUUACAACUUCCCAACCACUUAAACUUUCAUUAAACGAUCAUGUUGCUUAAGACAUAUAGGCAAAUUUUAUGAAUAUUCCAGUUUACAAAAUCUAGAAAACUGUUUAUUAUCAACUUAGUGAUCCUUCUUGCUAAAAAAUUAAAAAGCACUUUUUUACAUUUGUGGUUGUCCUGUGUUUUAAAGCAUUUUAAAAUUUGCUGUUCUUAAAAUCUCACCUGGAUGUACUAGCCUUUGUCUCAGGCCAUGUUUGAACUCCCUUUCCCAUUAUCAGUUUGAAAACAAGCAGCAGGUCCAUUCGCUGGUAAUAAUGGAUACUUUUAAAAAAUGGCAAUACCUUACAUGCUGCAUGAAAGAUGAAUAAGGGAAUUUUCUAGAAGUUUAUAAUCUGGAGACUAAGGUACAUUUGAUUCUCAUUAUUCAUGAAUGAUAAAGUUUCCAUACUCACUUUGUGAAUACUGAAGCAUUGCUUCCUAGGGAGAGAUAGAAGUUUAGGUUCCUAUAAGUCUCUAUUUAUACCAUUUUGUCAGCUGAUCAAUACAUAAGUGUGUUUCUAUUUAAAGACUCUUUAUGUGUUACCCAUUAUUUGUUCGUUAAUACUUAACUCAUGGCCCAUAG